AUGACCAAAUACUGGGCCGAAGCUAAGGCUGAAGCCUUCGCAGACAAUCAAUCCGGGCAAGCCUUGAACGUAGCAUUACUCGGAUUGGGAUUAUUACAAACCGGCUCAGCUACAGAAAAAAGAAAGCGACUCGCGGAUCAAUUACAAGGCAAAUACGAAGCCGCGCAAUUCGAGGUUGGAGCGGCUGACGAACAAUCGCGCGGACGCAUGCUAGAGAAUUUCCUCGCGAUCAAACAAAGUCAAAUCGAAGCCGACGAGAUGUCAAAACACUAUUGGACAAUAGAAAGAGCGCAAGCUCACGCUCAAUCACUCACCCCCCAAGAAUUGGAAAGAGCUUUGACGCGACUUGAACUGAAACCGAAUGGUACCGGGGUAGAGAAACAGACGCGAUUAGCGAAAAGGUUAUCGUACGAAUAUGUCCAGACAGACAAUGACGCGGGCCGCGACCACGACGAAGACACACACAUGAACUUGGUCGACGAGUACCUUGACGAAAUCGAAGAAUUCGAAUCAAAUGCGGCAGGUCAAGAUCGCGACAAAACAAUCAAAGAAGUCGCGACGACCGGUACAAGUGCUGUCCCAACCACGACCCCAUCCACGAGCACUGCUAACAGCGAGACCAGAACAUACGAGAUAACCGGCCCCGACGGGAAACGCCGCGUUGUAAAUAAAGCAACUUACGAUUUGCUAUUUGCAGACGAGCAAGAUUCCGAUAUUUUACAAGCACAAAUAGCUAGCCUGUCGCUACAGUCGCAAAUACCCGCAGCGAUACAACCACAACCACGCACAAGCGGCCAAAGAUCCGUCGCGUCAACACCUCGCUGGCCUAACACGUACACACCCGAACCUUGGAAGACUCGAGACUUAUCUAAAAUUAUACCGAAUUGGAACCUUAAGUUCGACGGUACCGAGAAGGAAGACGUCCGAGAUUUCUUUCGGAAAGCCGAACAGAUGCAAAAAUCCGCGGGAUUAACGAAAAACGACAUGGUACGAGGUUUUCACAUGUUGGUAGAAAACGGAGCAGCAGCUCACUACCGCCGAAACGAAAGCAAAUGGGCAACAUACGACGAGAUUCGCGUUAACAUGAUUAAAGAAUACUCGGACGAGCUUUACACCGAAAGAAAAAACGACGAAGUACGAGCACGCAAGCAACAACAAAACGAAUCGGUACGAGAGUAUAUUGACGCAUUAAUGAUUUUAUUCGAUGAGAUGGACGAACCAGUAACAGACGAGAAAAAGAAAGAGAGAAUUUACAAGAACAUUUUACCGGAUUACAUGCCCUUGUUACGAACGCAGUUUCAUAGGAGCUUGCAUGAGUUUAUCGAGUUCGCGACGGAGUUAGGGAAAGCAUUCCAAUCGGGCAAGAGAUCACGCGAGCAAGCAGAAAAACAAUCAUUUAUACCGAGCGAAGCUUGCGCAACAACAACAGUCGAAUCGGACUUACGCGCAGAACUUGACACGUUGAAAAAUCAAAUCGCGGCAAUGAAUACCGAAAGAUACGAUUCGCGACGCAACCACAGUGGAUACCGCAGCCACAGCGGAGACAGAUGGCACAGUCGUAGUCGCGAGAGAUGGGAUCGAAGAAACAGAAAUGAGUACCGAAAUCGCGAGCGGAGUAAAAGCCCGUGGUACUAUAAAAGCUCGAGCAGGGGUGAUAGCAGAAGCCGAAGUAAAGACAGCAAUGGUUCGAAAGGCUCUCACCGAAGUCGCGACGAAACUCGGAAUCGCGACAAGUACGGUAAAUAUGAGAGACGAGAGUACAGCAGAACUCGCAGUAAUAGCAGACAACAUCGUGACAAUGAUAAGCAUGACGACAGAGACAGCGGUAGACACGAGAGAAACGACAGACGGAACAACGAUAGACGUGACAAUCGCGACAGAAACAACAAACGCAACGCCGACAGACGUGAUAGUCGCGAUAAAUACCGCGACGACAAAAAUUCAAAAUUAGACGACCGCAAAAAUUCGGGAAACGGCAGAUAG